AUGGAGCAACAACACAUUGACUCGCUCCUGGAGCGCUAUCUAACCCUAAUAGACGAAUAUUCGCGCCUGCGAGAGGAGCUGUCGAAGCUUCAGGCGGGCGUGUUCCAGAACAUUGCCAGAGCCAACUUUGCUGGCGAGCGGGGCAUGAGAUAUGGCCGGGACCACUAUGACGAGAGGAUGCGCGCAUUAAGAGUGUUGGAUAUCACGCCUGGAGAAGAUGAUGUACCAAAAUUCACAAUCAAGAGCUUAAACUCCAUUGUGGAUGACGAGGGUCGAAAAGAGGACGAGGACAGCUCUGAUGGAGACAAAGCGGACACUACCACUGGCCAGGAAAACCCUGAAGCCAAUCCUCAGGAUGGACAGAACCCAGAGGACCAAGGCGAGGAUGGGGAGAAAGAAGAGAAGAUAAAGACAAACAAGGCAACUGACAACCCUCUGCGCUGGUUCGGCCUCUUGGCCCCCGCUCCCCUUCGCACCGCCCAGACUCUCUCUAUCCAGGCCGUGGAGCAGGUCAUCCCGCGGCUCAUCUCUGUCAACGCCGAGAUGGAGCACGUCGAGAUUGAAAUCAGGAGGGCGCGGAAGAAGCGGGCAAAGGCGGCAGCAGCGGCUGUGGCAGAAAAGGAAGCUGUGAGCAUGGAGGCUGUUGAGGCGAGGUGA